AAAGUAUAAGGCUUUAAAUCAUGAACGACCUUUUGGCACAGUAUAAUAUGGCAUAAAAGGAAGGGCCAGAACACAUACGAAAGAAUAAGAGGAGGCCCAACUUACUUUUAUUGCAAAAAUAUCAUUGCCACAACAGAUCAUUCCUAUGAUAAGACCAGUAAUCCCUUCAUGACAGCAAAGCCCCAGAAUCUCAUCAUAUUUUAGAUCUACAGAGAACAGUUUGCACUUCAGAGUAACUUUCCAAUGUGUGCACUGUGAUAGACUCAUUUAAGCCACAGCAAUUAGAGAGCCAUCAAGAUGUUGCCCCAAGUCUGGUAUGGAUACAUGGGUGGAUCAAGGGCCACUCACACAGACCGGAACUUCAGAAUUAAGAUAUCCACACCCAAGGAUCCUUACUGAAGACCUGGAAGGAGGUUCAGCAAGUCAUAGAACAUCCUCAUUCAAGCAGAGACCACAGUCAGGUGACCUGCACAUGAAGACACUGGACAAGGAAGUUGACAUCUGGGACCCCACAGGGCCUCUUACCCUGGAAGUGACUGACAAAGAGAGGAGCCAGUGGCGAGUUCACUUCCCUGUGGCUGGCUACUACCACUGGCCCUAUACAGGUCUAGGCUUUAUGGUGAGGAGAGAGGUGACUGUUGAGAUUGAAUGCUGUGCCUGGGACCAAUUCUUGAGCACAAAUGACUUGCAGGACACCUGGAUGGUGGCAGGACCUCUCUUUGACAUCAAGGCUGAGCAGGGAGCUGUGGAGGCUGUGCACCUCCCUCACUUUGUGGACCUUCAAGGAGAACAUGUAGACGUCUCCCUGUUCCAAGUGGCCCACUUUAAAGAGGAAGGGAUGCUCCUAGAAAAGCCAUCCAGAGUGGAACCACAUUACAUAGUCCUGGAACAGCCCACCUUUUCCCCAAUGGGAGUUUUCCUGAAAAUAAUCCCUGCUGCUCGGCACUUCAUCCGCAUCACCUGCACCACACUGCUCUACCAUCACAUCCAUUCUAAGGAAAUCAAAUUCCACCUUUACCUGGUCCCCAGCGACUGCACCAUACAGCAGGUAACACUAUGA